CAGCCUUGCUGAGCCUGUGAUUCCGUGACUCCCGGUCCCACGCAGGCGGCGCUGUGACGGGCCGGCGGGCGGGCGGCGGCGCCGCGCCUGCGCGGGCGGGAGAGCGGCCGCUUCCUGCGCGGAGCCGGCGCCGCUCCGCCGGCAUGGCGGCAGCGUUCCUGCUGGAGAUCAGGCGGGGGACGCAGAGCGCGCUGCUGGUGCUCCGCGCGGCGGCGGAGCUCCCCAGCGCGCCGGUGGAGGUUUCGGUGUGCGCGGAUUCCCUGGAAGUGAGGAGCGGCGGGAGCUGCGAGGCGGCGGCGCUGCCGGCAGGGGUCAGGCUGGCGCCGUCCUCGUGCCGCGGCCUCCGGCACCUGCGCGGGGACGGGCUGCACCUGCGCGUGCGCCUGCGCCUGCGCGGCCCGCCGCGCGCCGCCGAUGUGGUUUUUACUUUGAGGGAAAGCCUGAAACCCAACAAGAAUUACAUCUUGUACUGUCAGUCCUGUGGUGACAUCGUAGUAAAAGACCGGAAAUUUCUCAGAGUCCUUCCUCUACCAAGUGAAAACUGGAGUGAUUUAGUUGAAGAGUGGUGUUGUCACCCUGACCCCUUUGCCAGAAGCACUUUGCACCCUCAACACGGUGACUGUUUUGUUGGAGACACUUUUUUUCUGUUGAAUUCAGGAAAUGAAUCACAUGUACCUGAAUCUCCCAUGUGCUGCUCAGAGGCUGGACACCAUACUUUGCAAAGUGGCUCCAACUUGAAGUCAAAAGAAAAUACCAGAGUAAUUUGUAAGCACUGCAAGACAAUGCUGGGAGAAACAGUUUCAUCAGAUACCAUUAAAUAUUAUGUCACUGAGGUGAUUAUUCAACCAGCUGAGGGAAGUUUCAAUCCAAUACCCAGAUCUCUGUUUGUACAGAGCAUGAUUGCUCAAUGUCUUUUGGAAUUAUCCUCUGCUAAAAGCACAUUUAGAUUCACCAUAAAAGGAGAUAAUGGAAAAGCCUAUAUUCUGAUAUGGCUUUUAAAUUCUGACACGUUACUGGUAGAGUCUUUAGGAAGUUCCUCCUCCCACAAUGAUUUUACACUGUUUGGAGAUAUCCUCACACCUAGCUCUGGACCUGUGGGAACUUGGAAUGCUGUCAAAGUCCUUUACCAGCCAUGCAUUCAAUGCAGAAAUAAGGAGCUUGCUGAUGAAUGGGAAUGUGAUAUGGGAGUUCAUCCUUUAAAGUUUCCCUCAGAAACAUGUUUGGAAUUAUUGUUGAUACUGGGUUUGAGUACCACAUCUCUGCCACCUUCACUUCGAAGCAUGAACUCUUUUCAGGUUGCCUUUUUGAAGAUGUGAAAAACGAAGAUAGCUGUCUUGAAAACUAUUGUUAGAUUUAUUUUCAGCAGCAAUGUAUACAGAUAACUUCCAGUGGUGGGACUUCUAGAAGAAAAUCCCCUGGCAAUACAAAAGAAGAUGGGGUGGAUGAGUAUAUUCUUCAUAUCUGAAUGUGUUUCAAAACCAAAGACAGAGUUGAAUUUUGUAUCCAGUGCAUUCUUAGAUGUCAUUCUAUGAGUGACUUACCUGUCACUCCUGUGACAUCCAGCUGGGAUGACUGUUACGAUGUCUUCACUGCCAAAAAGAAAUGCCCUGUGUAUCUUGUACUACCUUUACCAGAGUUUGAUAGCAUCGUAUAUAUCCUUAGGAAAGUUCUCAACUGGUAGCAAAUAUUUUAAAUUGUCAUGGAUACUAAUGUGAGUUCUUUACCUUCUUUGUUCUGGUGAAGUUAGAGGUCCAACUUUAAAACAUAAUAUCAUAAAAUCUGUUUUUUGUAAAACUUACAUGUUUAUCAUGUAUAUUAUUUCUGCAUUAAGGUUUACCUCUCUGCUGGAGAAUGAAGGAAAACAGUUUCUGCAUCCCUGCACCAUAUGUAGAUUUUUAAAAAAUCGAUAAUGUUUUGGAGAAUCAAGGUUUUGUGGUAAUUUGGAAUAAUUAUUAUUAUUAUUUCAAGGAAAGUUAAUGCCCUUUAUUCAUUAAAUGAUCCUAAUGAAGGAAAGUAAUUCUACAAAGUGUUGGACAUCUUGGUUUUAUUCAUCCAAAGACAGGGAGCUGAGGCCUCACAGCACCCACUCUGGAUAUAAUUUUUCUGUUAUUAUUUUAGUUUUCAGGAUUGAAGGAAGAACAAAAUUAUUCUGAAUUUUGUAUUCAGGGACUAAAUUAUCUAGCUCCAAGAUAUGUUGUCUAUGCACCAAUGUUGAGUCAUUUUAUGAAUAAAAUAUUUUUUCUAAAUUA